GCACUGACAGACUGACACACAAAAUGGAAAGCGGCACAAGCAAACCCACGAAUCAUUAGACGGUGAUGUUAUUAUAUAAACACGCCUAAAAAUAAUAUUUUAGAUGAGACCGAAUGAAACGGAAAUGGCAGGAGGAACGUGAAACCUCUCUCUCUCUCUCUCCCAGUGUCUCUCUCCCGCCUCCUUCUCAUUCCACAGAGUGGCAGCGCUGGCAUAGCAUCGUUCAGAAAACCCUGAGCUGGAAACGAGCUGCUGUGGCUGCCUGUGCGCAACCCUUUCCUCAGAUUCUCCCCCCCCUCUCGGGGCCGUCAGAGCCGGUGAACCAAAAAGAAAGAAAGAAAGAAAGAAAAAAAAAGACCCACAUCCCAUCUGUGGAUAUAUGAGACAGGAGGUCUGCGCUCAUCCUGGGCACAGUGUCAGAAGAUAUAGUUCUUUGGGGGUGAAUUAAUAAAGCUCCUGUCCUGUCCAAAUCGGCCCUACGUUGGGGAAGAUAACGCUGUGAAGAGUAUCUCCUGUGCCGUGCAGCAGUGCGCGCAGAGCAGCCACACACUCGGCAGACGUACUCAGAGGGCAGGAGGAGAUAAAGGAAGGUGGAGGAUAUUUUACGCACAGCAGCAUUCAGUAGCUCCGUUUGACACGCGGCUACUCACUGGGAGUCUUCUGCUCCGUUUAGGACUCAACACAGUCGGAUUUGCACUUGACUAAGUCCACAUACAAGAGUCGUCUGGGAUGGAUUCCUUCAUCAUAGCGGCUCUGGCACUGUGCUCUCUAACGGCACCAGCCUUUGGGGACAAAGGGACAGGCAAAGCCCGGAGUUGUUCGGAUAUCCGGCAGUUUUAUAGCGGGAAGGGAUUCUCUCUGGAUGGUGUGCCCCAGUCUGAAAUAUCAGGGGAGCACCUGCGCAUUUGUGCCCAGGGUUACACCUGCUGUACCAGUGACGUCGAGGACAACUUGGCCAUGUUGAGCCGCAGGGAGAUGGAGGGACUGCUCAGAGAGGCUGGCCGAUCCUUACAGACCUCCCUCAACGGACAUUACAAGGCCUUCGAUAGUUACUUCAUUGAGUUGCUGAACCGCUCGGCUGUUAUUCUACAGGAGACCUUCACUUCAACUUGGGGAAUCACAUAUUUGCAGAAUUCCCAGGUCUUCACAGACCUGUACACAGAGUUAAGCCAGUACUACCGUGGCUCCAAUGUCAACCUGGAAGAGGUGCUGAAUGAAUUCUGGGCCAAGCUGCUGGAAAAGCUCUUCUACCAGGCAAACAAGCAAUAUUUCAUAAGUGAGGACUACCUGGAGUGUGUGUCAAAGCAGAUAGACACACUACGGCCCUUUGGAGACACCCCUCGUUUGAUGAAGACGACGGUCACGCGCAGAUUCGUAGCUGCGCGUUCCUUUGUUCAGGGACUGGUGGUCAGUGGGGAGGUGGUGCGCAAGGUGUCCCAGGUGCAGCUGAGCCAGGAGUGCAUGAAGGCCAUGAUGAGGAUGACUUACUGUCCCCACUGUCGCGGCAUGGCCUCCGCCAGACCUUGUGCCAACUACUGCAGCAACGUCAUGAAGGGCUGUCUGGCCAACCAGGCUGACCUCAACACCGAGUGGAAGCAUCUGGCAGAAACAAUGAUACAGGUGGCUGAUCUCUUUGAUGGCCCAUCUGGUGUGGAUAGCGUGAUCCUCUCUCUCCCGUAUCGCAUAUCAGAAGGCAUCGUUACCAUGAGCGAGAAUUUACAGUCCAUCAACAGCAAGUUGUUCCAAGCAUGUGGCGUCCCUAGAGAGGGGGGGACCGGCAGCACAGGAGUUGACGACAUGAAGAAAGGGAAGGUUAUAGUGGAGGACAAGUUGGGAUCCAGCUCUAGCAAAAUGGACAAACUGGUGUCUGAUGUAACCAUGAACCUGAGGGAGUUGCAGCCGUACUGGGUUUCUCUCCCAAGUGUUCUGUGCAGUGACAGAGUGGCCACUGGAACAGGAGCCGAGGACAAGUGUUGGAACGGCAUGAGCCGUGCCAGGUACCUUCCAGAGGUGAUUGGUGAUGGUCUUGCCAGUCAGAUCAACAAUCCUGAAGUGGAAAUUGACAUCACCAAGCCAGACAUGACAAUACGCCAACAGAUAAUGCAGCUGAAGAUCAUGACACACCGCCUAAAGAAUGCUCUCAACGGUCAGGAUGUGGACUUUCAGGACACUAGUGAUGAUGUUAGCGGUUCUGGAAGUGGCUCGUGCCCAGAUGGUGGAUCGUGUUCCCGGAGCCCAGGCCUCAUUGUCCCUGCCACUGACCAACCCAUAAUCUACCAGUACCCUCCAGAAAAUGAGAAGGUGAAAGCUUCGGCCAACCAGAACCUCCCCUGCAUCACCAUUUACUUGCUUUCACUGCUCAUUUUGCUGCUCCGGCGAUAAUUGCUGGCGGAAUCUACCAACUGGGACUGAGUUUGGGACACGGGUUGGGGAGAGUCUGAAAGGGGAAGAGGGAGAAGCUGGGGGUUAGUUACUUUGCCAAAACUAAAUAAGUAUAUGGAAACAACAACAACAACAAAAAAAAUCACUUGGAUGGACUUCCUUUUGGUUUUGGAUUAGAACAAAAUGGAAUUCCAAGUAUUCAUAAAUGUUUCGGUUCUGCUCUUUUCUUUUAUUUCUUGCUAUAUUAUGACACCAUUAGAGCUGGUCUUAUCGCAUCUUCUAAUGUUUUGUUUCUGGUGUUUGGUUCUCUGAGAUUAUAUCUGUACCUAGGACAUGUGUAAGACUAUAUUGUUAACAGUAUGUUGGUGUUGACACCACGGGGAGAGGGAGAAUGGGGCUUUGCAGUGGCGCUCAGAUACCUAUAUUUGAUAUUCCACUCCUCUAAAACAGCACUUGUGUUCAGUAGAAUAAUUUAUUUAUUAAUAACUCAAACAAUAGACCCCAGAGUAUAUAAAUCACUCUCCGAUAUGUAAAGAAAUGGUACACAGACCACAAACUUAGAAGAAAUAAAAUAUUGAAAAUGUUUAAAGGAGGAUAAUCUGGACAGAACAACCCACCAGGCCUGUUAAUGCAUUAAGCCUCACAGUGAGGAUGAGGGCACUUCGCGUCAGCACUUUUUGCCAUUUCAUCAUGUAAGCUGUAAUAAUAACCGUGAUCACAUUCACACUGACAUGAUCGUCUAAUGUGGGAGUAACGUGACCCGUCCACCACUCCAUCCAUCCACUCAUCCCUACCUCCCUCCCCCUCCUGCUGAGGCAGAUCCCCCUCUCUCUCCAGAACCCACUGGCUGGCUGUGUAGGAUCAACCCAAGAGUCUGGUGUAAGCAAAACACAUGCUAGGCCUGGCCAGGUCUCAGAUGACAGAAGCCUUCCCUCUAUAGAGCACUGUAUGUGGAACGGGGGUGUCAGUUUAAGAUAGCCCCUGCAGCAAAAGAUUGACAGUUCAUGAAUUUGGAAACGUGUAGCAGAACAGAAAUGUACACAGAGGCAGAAACAAGGCUGUCAUGCAGCGCUUCUUUUUUCAGUAUUCUUUUUAUGUGCACAGCAAAGCAAAAAUAUAAUAUGCAUAAUUUUGUGUGCUCUCUGCAAAGGCCCAGUGCUCCUUUUGAUUAGCAUCAUAAUUGCAGCUAGAAGUGUCAUACAAUUUUGAAUUGCAGCAAUGAUCCAUAUCGUAGUCAAAGCCACACCAUGCACAUCUUUGAAUUGUACUACUAUUUCUAUGGCAGACACAAGUGUACAUAUUUUUGAUUGCUUCUUUGUUGUUUCCUAGAAAAAAAAAAAGCCAAUUAGGUAUCAACGUUUUUAUAACAACCAGAUCAUUGUAUGUUACAACUUUUAUUUCAUUCACCAUCUGUCAUAGUGUACCCAUAUCUGCCUUCCAUUUUUCUGCAACUUUUUCUAUAUCAGUGCCUCUUUCUUCCCCACCCCCCCCCACCCCCUCUCUCUACUCCUCUCCCCGUUCAUCAGUUGUAAUGACCUUUGAAAAACGUUCCUCAUGCUUCUACAUGAUGGCAAGGCAAUAUGACAAUGACACAGUGCUUCAUUAUGUGUCAACCUUACUGGGAAUGUCGUGGGAGACACAGCGUAAGGCUUUUUCCUGAUGAGAAGCUUGCCGUUGAGGAAACACAUUACCACAUUUGAAUUCAAAGAAAUAUCAAAGCUCUCAUUAAAAAAAAAAAAAACGCUGUGUGCAGGAUGAUGGGACAGUGCUUGCAUGGGUGUAUAUGUACGUGUGUGAAUGCGUGUACUUGUCUUUGAUUGAUAGAGCAAAUAAGAGACGGACAAUAGAGGCUUUCGAAAUAUUGUUUGGUUACAGAAAUGAAAUGUAUGGAAAGGUAAUGGAAUAACAUUGUAUGACGGACUGUUGUUCAACUGACAGCAACGGGAGAUUAAUAUAGCUCAUUUUUCAAAAAAUGGGAUUUUUCAACCUGCUACUGUAAUAACUCCCAAUCUAUUUAGAUGACAUUGAGGCUUGCCAGUAUUGUAUAUGACAGAGAAAUUUAAUGCAGAGGACAUAAAUUGACAUGCUUUUUAAAGUAUAUCAUUGCUUCAGUUGCACACUGGGACAAUCCACUAUAAUUCAUUUUAUGACAGUUGAUAAUACUGCAUAUCCAAUUAAGUAGUUGGGGACUCUGUCAAAGUUUGAGAAGCGCAUCUAUUGGAUAAUUAAUUCUCUCAAAAUGGGUAAGUUUGUUGUCAUAUGUGUUACCUGACAAGUUAUUUUGAUGGUAUUUUCUUUUUUUUUUUCUUUCUUUUUUUUUGACAUUCUUUAUUAAUGAAUGCUAUGUCUGCUGUGCAUAUGUCUAACUGUGUGAGUGUGUCUGUUUUUCUCUUAGUCCCUGGUUAAGAAAUCUGCCUGUGACUGCCUUUGACACUUUGUCUAGGGUUGGGGUCAAUUUUGAGAUUUUAAAAGAGAGAUGAUAUUAAAUGUACCACUGGGGGGAAAUAUACACAUUUUCAACCAAGAACAAUUAGCAAAAAAAAAAGAACCACUUCCUUUUGUGGUCCUCUUGAAACAUCUGAAUAUGAAUGUGAACGCAUUAAGCCCUGCUAAGGAUGAGAGAUGACUUCAACUGUGAUGGUGACAUUCCAAUUCAAAGACGACUUGUAACUCACAACUUCAGUUUCAAUGACUGCCUCACAAUGUCAUCGGCUGAAAUUUGCACAACCCCCUCCCCCCCCUCUCUUCCCCUUCACCUUUUGAUCUCAUUAAUUUGUUGCUCAAAGUCCCCCCUCCCGUUUUAUAAAAAACCUGCACUUUUAUGAGGCCAAUAAAUGGCGUUGUCUGCACAAAGACAUCACAAAAUAGUCGAUCAAUACGCGAGUCAACACCUUCCAGAAACGACUAUUGAUUAGCGAUGUGUGUAUGCAGAUAGAUAUGGCCCAGCAAGACGUCUCCUGUUCAACUAUGGUGAAACAGUGUAAACACAAAGACCCUGUGUGUGAGAGAGGGCAGGAGAAAGGUUUGUCCAGAACGCUGAUCUAACAUCAGUUUGAGCACCUCUGUCCUGCUCUCAUUCAUUAGGUGGCAAAAAAUGCAAAGCUUGAUUAUCAUCCCACCGUUUGAAGAUAGCUUUAUUCUACACUGAGUUGAAUAUGAGAGGAAUUUCUUAAAGGUGCCAAUUUAUGAGUAAAAGAAGGUACUUUUAAUUUUCUUGUUUUUAUUUACUUUGGUUUUAUUGUUAUCAGAAAUCUAUGGAGAGUUUGUGCUUAUGGUGAAAAUAGAUGCCAGAAAGAGGUUGAAAAAUACAAAUGUCUCAUUUGCUGUUGUACCUGAAAUCUUGUGUCAAUUAUAUACAUUGUAAGAUUUUCAA